UCGCAACCCAUUUGGGUCGCACCAACAGAAAAUUUCUGAGUUUGUAAAAAAAAAACAGAAAAUUUCUGCAGUCACCUCUCAUCUUCGGUUCGUCCCGGAUCACGAGUCUCCAAACCCAAACCCCAGAGGCAGGAGGAUCCAGCGCGGCGAUGGGGGAGGCGGACGCGAGCACCGGCGGCGGGGAUCCGCAGAAGCUGAAGCGGAUCGCGGCGGGAGCGUACGACUACGAGAACGACGCGCGGUGGGCGGGGUACUGGUCCAACGUCCUCGUCCCGCCCCACCUCGCCUCCCGCCCCGACGUCGUCGACCACUUCAAGCGCAAGUUCUACCACAGAUACAUCGACCCUGAUUUGGUGGUUGAGCCAAUGUCUUCCACAAGUUCGAGUCAAUCCAACAGAUCAGCAGCAAGUUCUUCAUCUACACCAUCC